UGCAUUGUGUUAACAUAUAUACAGGCCAUGUUUCUAGCGCAGAGGUUGAACAUGCAUGGAGAGACACCCCAUACCAUAAAUGAGAGUAGUGCUAGGGCUUUGAUUAGUCAAAAAGAAGAAAGAAAAUUCCUUGUGAAUGGUUCUAGAAGUGUAAUGCACAAGAGGGAAUCUUCCAUAGCGAGAAAGGCUUUAAGGUAAUUUACAGGUCCAAGCGCACUUGGUAGUAUAUUCAAAUCCUCCUUUAUAAAUAUAUGACAUACCACCAAGCUCAUUACAGUACACCGGCAAAACUCAGAAGAGGGAAAGAGAGAUGAUGGCAGCAGAUACCACCUCCUCCAAUGGAUUUUGGCAGUUGAACUCUCCAUUGCCAUACCUGUUUGUUGGGCUGGCUCUACUGCUGGGCGUUAUAGCGGUUGCACUCAUCAUACUAACCUGCUCGCACAAACACCCUCCUGCAGACUUGGCAACUGAUGAUGACAAAGAUAAGCCACCAAAACCGAUGCACACAGACCCAGACACCGUGCUCGUAGUCAUGGCAGGAGACGACAGCCCCAAGUACCUGGCAAAGCCCAUGGCGUCGACUCCCCAUACUGAGCAAGUCUGAGCUAAGGAUCAUCCCUUACAGUAGACAUCAAGUUCUUAUUUUCUCCUUACAGUAUGGGCUUUUGUGUUUGUCAGAAUUCUCAGGAAUAUGUAAAUUUGUUUAGGUUAGAGGGGAUGUUAAUCAUCUUGUAAAUUAGCUAUGCAUCGAUCCAUCUAAUAUAUCGUUCAUUAUUUC